AUGAGUGCCGUGGUGAAGAUGCUGGAAGGAGGAGUGGAGAUCAUGCCACCUCCUAAACCUACUCAUUUACUGUUCUCAUCGUUAGGGACAAAUGCAGUCAAGCCACCAAAUGCUGCCACUGGUUCGAGUUCCUCCUCAAGUGAAGAAUCCGCUUCUUAUUGGUAUAAAGAGACCACUUCAAGCAUGGCUAAGUAUGAAAUACAAGUGGUCAGUAGUUAACAAGGCUAAAAUCCAGUUCCCAGAAAGUGUAUGUUUUGUCUUGAUUUUUGUUAUUAUAAAAUUUCUCGUCUUCUGUUUAGCUAACAGAAUUUUAAAUUUCAUUCUAUCGUAAAAGGAACCAAGGUAGAUUCUUUUCUUCAAUUUACCACAACCAAGAAAAGUUAAAUGCCUAA